CUCUGGCGAGACUACCGCGGCGUCAUUUGCAGUGCGUCGUGCGCUCAUCGAAGUCCAACUGCCAUUGCGCCCGCAGCUUUCACGGACUGUCCCUUUAGAUUCCCCACACCUUUCACGCCAUCAUGCGACCAACCUCGGCCUGCCUCGCGCCAGGCUUCCUGAAGCGGAGUCUGGACGAAUUCAAGCGCCUCUCCAACUUUGCACUCAAGCUCGAAGGCAUUAGGUCACCGUCCAAGCCCUUCCCUCUGAUCCACUUCAACCAGCCUGAGGACCUGGAACGAUGCAAGCGCAUGAGCGACAAAGACAUCGGCGGCUAUUCCACCGCGAACUUCGACUACCAUCCUGUCACCCAAACCGAGCCCUCACACGUCCGCUUCCACGGUACCAUAUCCACACAACUACCACACAACCAACCACACAUUCAAAGAACAGGCUAUGCGGGAUGGAGAACACUUGACCGAGGCUCAACUAUCUUCGGCAAGUCAUUGUGGGACGUGACCAUGUACAACUUCCUUGCAAUUCAGUUCAAGUCAGACGGUCGCAAGUACUUUGUGAACGUGCAGACCGAGUCCAUUGUGCCCACGGAUAUUCACCAGCAUUUGCUGCACUCCAAGACACCUGGCGAGUGGGAGACGAUUCUGAUAAAGUGGAACGAGUUUGUGCGGACGAACCAUGGGCAGGUUGUAGAGCCACAGAGGGAGAUGUUGACACAAAAGGUAAGGACAGUGGGUAUCUCAUUGAUAGACCGGAUACCCGGACCAUACGAUCUGAGCAUCAGCAAGAUUUGGGCAACCAACGCAACUAGCGAGGAUGAGUUCUUGAACAGCGCUCCAGUGCCGCAACUGCAGUCUAGUCAAAACGAUCUCAAGAACAUUACGAGGAAAGACUCUGGAUUUGGUGAGGGGUCAAGACAGAAGAUUACAUAG